CCAAAGCUUGCAGUUGCAGAAUAUGGAAAGAUUGGAAUUGGAUUACAGACUAAUUCUCUUCAUAACACUCUUGAGCAACCAUGCCACAAUCAGUAGUAGUAGUACUAUUACUCAGCCGAUGUCAAACCCAUUACAAGAAAUUGUAUGUGCGGCAAUAAAUUGUGGGCAAGGAACAUGUAAAGCUUCGAAUGCUUCAUUGCUUGGAUUUGACUGUGAGUGUUAUCCUGGUUGGAAGAAGAUACAGAUUGGUCCCUUGACCUUUCCCUCCUGUCUACUUCCUAACUGCACAGUUGAUUUUCAAUGCGGCAAAGGAUCUCCACCACCGUCCCCACCACCACCGCCAGUUUCUCUUCCACCACCACUAAAUUUAUCCAACCCUUGUGGUCUUGUUUGGUGUGGUGAGGGAAUCUGCGUAACCAAUGGAACGGGAUACACAUGCCAAUGCUUUGAAGGCUCAGAGAAUUUAAUGAAUUUGGCGACUUUGCCAUGCUUUAAACAAUGCUCCCUUGGAGCAGACUGCAAUGCUCUUAUGUUAGGCUCACCACCACAACCCAAUAGUUCCACCUCCAAAACAACUGGGUUGACUACAGAUUUGAGGAAUUGCUUAAGCAGUAUUUAUGCAGUGACCGUGAUGUUGUUAGCUGCAAUCUUUUUCUAACAAGGACUUGAUGGUGGACGGUGAUCGACUGUCGCGAUUGAUUUAUUUGGCAAAUAAAACAUAUAAUUUAAAACAGGAUAUAUAGGAUUUACUCUGCUACUACAUUUUCCUUCUUGAAAAUGUUGUUUCUGAAUUCUUGAAUCCAAAAUGUCGUUUAAUUAAUAAUGGUACUUAAUAUCGGUACUUUAAGAAUG